AUGAAGAACACAACGCGGCACGUCCCGCCCGUGCGGGAUCCGACGCGGCCGGAGGCGACGAUGGUCCCAGCCGCCACCGCCGAGCUCCCGGCCUUUUUCACCGAGCGCUUUUCCUGGGAUCGGCCCCCUCUGGAGGAGAUCCACCUCCUCCACGAGGAGCGCGAGCGAACGGGGGAGGUCCGGUCGGGGGAUAUUUACGACCACCACACCCGCAGCCUGCACGAGCGGAGCCCGACGUGGAUGGCGCAGGUCCCUCAAACCCGGUAUGAUCAACUCUACGCAAUUACCCACCCCGACGUCGCGCGGAUCGGGAUCCGACGCCAUCUCGAUGCGGAAUAUGUUAAUCGAACGGAGGUCAUCGCGAGGGAUGAGGCGUUGGUGCGGAAGUCCGUGAGCGGGGGUCGGCGGCUUCGGCAUCGUGUAGAAAACGCCCCAACGCACCGAAAGGAGGGCUCCCUCCUCCGGAACGCAAAGUAG